AUGACCCACCACUACUCGAUCGAAUUCGGCACACCGAUCUACUGUUGCGCAUUCAUCAACCCACACAGAAUCAUCCUCGGCGCCGGGGGGGGAACCACGAAGUCAGGGAUCACCAACAAACUCACCAUCAUCCAGAUCAACCCAGACAGCAAAUCAUCAGAUGUCGCCAGCGAGUUCAACCUCGAGAAGGGCGAGGAUGUGCCGAUGAGCAUGGAAUUCGAUAGAAGCAACAACCAGCUAAUUUGUGGGAUCAAUGCCCCUCUGUUGAGCUCAAGUCCUGAAAAAAACCUCCAUCUACGCACUUUUUCAUUGGAGAAAAAUCAACAACUGAAAUCAAAAGCGGCUCAGAGGGUCCUGACCUACGAAUCCGAGGACAACUAUCAGCGGAUCACACGUCUGUCUGACCAAGCUCCUAAACUCCUGGCCGUCGGCGGAACGAACAACCAACUGGAUCUACUCAACUAUCCAAGCCUCAGACCAGCCUUCAACACGCUAUGGUGUGAUCAGGAAGACCAGAAGUCUCAACUAUUGGCAGUCGAUUUCCAUCCAGACGGAUCCCAAUUCUUAGUAGGCUCCAGUCGGAAUAUCAAGCUCUUCUCGACAAAACGCAAGCUCUCCAAAAAAGGAUCCAAGAAGAUCUUCCCACCCGAUCUCAUACGUCAAUUCGAACCACCGACCACUAGCUCAACUCAAAACACUUCCUUUAGGAAUGCCAUGUAUGGAAGAGGGGCCAACUCGAAAACGGUUUAUACGAUCGUCAAUCACUUACCCACUAAGGGAAACUACGGCCGAAAGUCCAAGUCGAUCUGGCCAAGCUCCGACCAGCGGAAAGCGGUGCUGAUCGCAUGGAACUUGGACAAUGGGCAGCAGCGUCGGUCGAAGAUGAUCAGCACUAAACCGGUGACCUCGUUCGAUAUCAGCGCGUCUGGCAAACUCUUGGCUUUCGCUAGUAGUGAUCUAAGCAUCGGGAUCUUGGAUGCCUCUUCCUUGCGGUCAUUAUUGUCGAUCCUGCAUGCACACGAGUUUCCAGUAACAAGUAUCAAGUUUUCUCCGGAUGAAAAGAGGGUGGUCAGUUGUUCAGCCGACAUGACGAUCAGGGUGGUUGAAUUAGAUAAAAGCAUUCAUGAUCGGAGCUCUAAGCAUAUCCUCAUGUUAAUCAGCCUGAUAAUCCUUAUCCUAGGUUUCUUGAUGAAGUUCUUGAAUUGA